AUGUCUUCUCCUGCGGCUGUCUUCUGGGACUACGAGAACGUGCCUCUUCUCGCAUCAGUUCCUGCCUCCGAUGCUAGCAAGGCGCUCAUCGACGCACUAUCUCCGCACGGAAUCAGAAUUGUGGAUCGAAAGGUCUACUAUGACACCGAAGGCGACCUCUCGUUGAAUGCAGGUGACCUAUGCAAGAAUGGCUUUACUUUGGUCAAUACACCACGCCGUGGACAAAAGGAGUCCGUCGACAAAAAGCUGACCGUCGACAUGCUUUGUUUUGCAUGGGACAGAUUGAGUGAAACGGAUGUCAAACCAUCUGUCGUCCUUAUCACGGGCGACGGAGACUAUGUCUAUGCAUUGAACAAGCUAAAGGAUCGGAGAGUCAAAGUGUUCAUCAUUCAUGGCAAGGAAUGUAGACUGUCGGCCGACCUCCAGUCCAUUGCAGAUGUUCAUAUGAGUCUGUUUGAUGACAUUCUCGACAAAAAUCGGCAACUAGCAGCAGAGGAAAAUGCUCGCCGUUUGCGCAAGAUAUUAUUGCAGGAAGUCUCCAAGGAAGAUACAAAGGCAGAGGACGGAUGGGUCUUGGCAAGCCAAGUCGCCGAGAUUUUUCAUCGGAAAACUGGCUCCGCACAUAGCGGUACCGGUACCAGGGCAAAGCUUGUCUACAAGGAGGCACGCGAGUUUGCUAUGGAAAUGGGAUGGCUGGAGAAAGGGCGAUGCUUCCUUGGUAAUGGGAAGGGGGAGAUCAUAGCCACCAACAACGCUGGACCUAGAUUCUCUAAAGAAGAAUUCCUUCGUGUCAAGAGUCUCAGUGGCAUCGGGUCGGAUAAGGCUACCAACCAAGCAGCACCUACAUCUACUGGUACGAUUGGUCCUCCUGCAGGUCCCUCUACGAGAAUCUUUAUCAAAAACAUCCCCCGAGGCACAAGUGAGCUCGACCUCGUCGAGUUCAUCGAGAAGCAGCUCGAUUCCACCGUGAUUCAUGCCUACCGAAAGCCUUGGUACGAAGCUCCCUAUACAUUUGCUCAUGUGGCUCUUGAGACAGAGCGAGACGCGGAGCGAUUGAUUAUUUUGGCCACUGAAUCAAAGCUGAUCCUUGGUGGCCGCCAUCUCAAAGUCGAUUACGACCGAUUCUGUAAGGUUCAUCCCAAGCAGUCCCCAUCGUAUGUUCGUGGCGACAUUGAAAAGGACUUGGUUGAAGGAGAUAGUACGCUAGCAUUCUGCAAGAUUCUAAAAUUAUCGACAGUCGAAGGUUGGGCAAAAGCCAGUGUCGUCAGCAGCAGAUUCCAACGGUAUUUGAUUCUGGGAGCAGCGGAUGAUUUCCCUGCACGCAGUCGUGACGACGCCUUGCGACAGGGCUUGAUCGAGUGCGGAAGAAGCGUUCAUCAUCAACAGCGCCUUGCCGGUUUUGCCCAUGUUUCGCAAAGCCAACUUGUGCCAACUGAGAAUCAAGAGCAUAUUUGCUUACGUCUGACUCCAAAGGGUACCCAGCUGUUGAUGACGCGACAAGCCCCAGUGCUACUCGACAACACCCUUCCGAGCCUGCAGAAGUGCAAGACGCAGCACCUAUACAUCAAAAGCCUUCCAGUGAGCACGACUGUUCGUGAGCUCGUGCAUUUCUUGAAAACGGAGCACUCGUUAACCAUCAAGAAGGCUUGCAUUGACCCUACGAAGCCAGGAUAUACAUAUUGCACUGCGCAUGUAGAGUUUGCGACAAGUCGUGACUCGGACAAGGUGCUGGAGAUGUGCACUGGCAACCGACUUCGUUUGGAGAACAGACCCCUGGCGGCCAGCGUUGACAAAUUUAUCCCCGAUUGGGAUGCCUACUGUCCAACACGAAUCUAUACUGCCGAGCACCCUAGCUCGGUCACUCUUUAUCAUGAAGCGUCCUUGCUACCUCUAUCAACUUUGUCAUCCAAGAGUUACAAGGCAGACAGCAACAAUCAGAACAAUCAAGCGGGCAACUUACCAGAUCUCACAGCUAGACAAAGCUCUGAGGAACGUCGUGGCGGUAAUGCGUCCCCAUUUUCGGUUACACAGGAUCUCUUGUGGUCGUAA